AUUGAAGAACAGAAAAAGGAGAUCUCACUCCUCUCAGAGCAGUCAUCAUGCAACCCAGUGUUCAGGAGAUUCCCCAGAAGGCUCAUGAAGGAAAUGCAAAGACUCGGUUUGCCCACUGACUCCUCAGAUGCUUUCUAUGAUGCCAGAGUAGGAGUUUCUAAACAAGCCAUCACAGAGAUUCAGGCACUUCUGGAUGGUGAGGACAACUGGAGAACCGGGGCUCCCGAUGUUGCUGUCAGUCAGAUACUAGUGAAUCUUAAACCACAUGACUACGAUGCCUGGAGGUGGCGUUUUGAGGACACCUUUGGCGUGGAGCUGUACACACUAAUAAAGACGUCGUGCAGUUCGUCGGAAAGCGACAAGGCCUCUGCGUCAUCCCCCGAGCCCCCCCGGUCUACCACACCGGAUUUACCAGCUCCCCCUGCAACUCCCA